AUGGCACCAGAACUCAAUUCUGCGUCGAUUCGGGUCGCCUUUGAAGGCUGUGGACAUGGCUGUCUUCAUGACAUAUACGCAUCAGUGGAGAAGGCUGCUACGCUGAAGGGCUGGGAUGGUGUUGACCUUCUGAUCAUUGGCGGCGAUUUUCAGGCCGUCAGAAACUCUCAUGAUAUGGCUUGUAUGUCUGUACCACAAAAGUUCAAGAAGCUGGGAGACUUCCAUGAAUACUACAGCGGGAAACGUACAGCUCCUUACUUAACCAUCUUUAUCGGCGGCAAUCAUGAGGCUGGUAACCACUUAUUUGAGCUCUACUACGGCGGAUGGGUCGCUCCCAACAUUUACUACAUGGGAGCGGCAAAUGUCAUUCGCUGUGGCCCUUUACGUAUUGCAGGUAUGUCUGGCAUUUGGAAAGCUUAUGAUUAUCGAAAGCCACACUUCGAACGGCUUCCAUACAACCGAGAUGAAAUCCAGUCUAUCUAUCAUAUCAGAGAGCUGGAUGUUCGCAAGUUACUCCAAAUUCGCACCCAGGUCGACCUUAGCCUUUCACAUGACUGGCCGAAGCAAAUUGAAAACUAUGGCGACUAUAACACACUGUUCAGAGUCAAGAAAGGGUUCCGGCAGGAUUCUCAGACAGGUAGACUAGGCAAUUUGGCGGCGAAAUUUGUUCUGGAUCGUCUACGCCCAGCGCACUGGUUUUCUGCUCACUUGCACGGAGUUGUCCCCGAAGUUCAGCAUAACCUAACCUGGAGAAGGGUCGAUAUCGGUGAGGAUGGAGUUGGUCGUCAGGUCGUCGGAGUGGAGAGGGAUGCAUGUGCCGAGACUGCGGUGAACAAAAAGCAGAAGCUGCAACAUGAGACCAAACCCGUGAAAAAUUCGGACGAAAUUGACUUGGACCUGGAUAGCGACCCUGGUGAAGAUGCCGCUGCAGAUACCGCUCCUGAAGUAGAGUCGCGGGCCAUGGAUCAAUCGACCUCAGCGGCUAACAUCAAUAAAAGUCCUACUGAUAGCAUUGUCAAACCUGCAGAAGGCGUCGAAAAAGACACAGGAGAUAUCUCUGAAGAAGUGCGGAGCCAACUUCCUGCUGGUUUUGCACGACCUCCACCGCAAGCCUACGCGGUUAAUGGGCCUUUGCCAGAGUCUAUCUCCAACAAGACCACACACUUUCUUGCUUUGGACAAAUGUCUCCCGAACCGAGAAUUUCUUCAACUUGUUGAAUUUAGCACUAUUUCAGAUCUCGAAGGUGCCCAGUGCGAGCGUCCUUAUCGCUUGCAGUAUGAUAAGGAAUGGCUUGCUAUCACACGUGUGUUCGCAAACGACCUUCAGCUGGGCGAUGCGACCGCUAAACCAGCUGCUGAUAAAGGUGACACCGUUUACGAACCCCAGAUCAUCGAGGAAGAAAAGUGGGUAGAGGAACACAUUGUAAAGCCCGGGAAAAUGGGUAUCCCAGAGAAUUUCGUUCCAACGGCCCCGCCCUACGACUCGGCGGUUCCUAUCACCACAGAAGAGAUGCCGCCAGAAUACAAUAACCCUCAAACCGCUCAAUUUUGCGAGCUAAUUGGUAUUGAGAACAAGUUCCACCUCAGCGAUGAAGAACGUGAAGCUCGCAUGGCCGCCGGCCCACGACCCGUUGAGUCCAGACAGAACUUCUCCCGGUAUCCUCGUCGCGAUGGUGGUCAUGGACAUGGACGUGGCAGAGGGGGCGGUAGAGGUGGCAGAGGUGGUGGCCGUCCUUGGGGACGCGGACGCGGACGCGGACGAGCAGCGCCCUACUAA